CCGACAGUCACAAGGGAGGUGGUUCAUCGGGAUAAUGAGCAUAAGAGCAAGGGAAAGAAAGAAAGAAAAAGAGAGAGAUUCCUCCAGUUUCUCUUCCGCUAAAAUGAAAGUAUUUCAGUAAUGCUGGGGCAGUGACCUGAUUCACCUGCAGGCUGCUUGAUGAGCUGAUAAACUGAAGAUAUCUAAAGUUUCUACAGCUGACUUCACAUGACAUCUUCUAUCACUCAACUCAGCUGACUCUACAUCACACUGCCCACGAUGUCUGGGGAUAAAACCAUUGUUUUCUUCGACCUGGAGACAACUGGAUUAGACACUGCGAUAUGUGACAUCAUCCAGGUGUCUGCCGUCUGUGGAGACAGGGUGUUUAACGUCUACACGCUCCCCCGCUGCCCCCUCACUGAGAGCGCCAUGGCGGUCACAGGCUUCACCGUCAACAAUGCCGGCUUGUUUCUCAGAGGGAGACCGGUGGGGACCAUCCCUCUCAUCGAUGCUCUCACCUCUUUCAUAGACUUCCUUAGCUCCUUCCGCCAGCCUGUGCUUCUGGCGGCACACAAUGCACGGCGGUUUGACAUGCCUGUGAUCACCAGAGUGCUGCGAAAGUGCUCCCUCAGGCAUCAGUUCCAGCAGGUGGUGCAUGGUUUUGUGGAUACCUUCAUUCUAAGCAAGCAGCUCUUCACUGAUCUGCGCAGUUACUCUCAGGAGAACUUGGUUCGUCACUUCCUGGGAAUGACCUACGAUGCCCAUAAUGCUGUGGAGGAUGCCAGGAUGCUGCAGGAGCUGUACAACGCAUGGAGUCCUAGCAGAUGGCAUGUCUCGGGGGUUACCUUCAAGGCCUAAUAGCUUUUUUAUUUUUUAAAGCUAAAGGAAGAAAGAAAACAAAUCUGACUAUGCAAAGAAAA